AGCAGCCAACGAGUUCUGUGCCGCGGCGGUCGUGGGUCGCAUCAGCGCGUCGUGUGGACGCGUCGCAUCAGCGCGCCGUGUGGACGCGUCGCGCGAUUGCAGGGCGAUCGAAGGGCGAUUGAAGGUGAUUGAAGGUCUGGCCGGACGCAGUUCGCAAGGAUCCCGCAGCCACGCAACAGAAUCCAGGUGCAACGGCAUUUUUUUUACCACGCCGCGAUGAUUCCUUACCACGAAGCACUUGGUUCGACUGCUCCGGAAAAAAAUAUUUCCAUAUAAAAUAUUUUUAGCAAAUAUCUUCUUGAAAAGUAAUAUUUUCAUGCACGUUAAAAAAAAUAUAUUCAAAUGACUAAACAGGAAAAUGAAAAGAAGGAAGUUCUUCGCACAACUCCAAGCAGUGAAUGCAGCCAAAAUAAGUGCAUGGCAAGAGAAAAUGACCGAUCAGACGUUCGUUAUGUUUUUCAUUUGCAAAGUCAUAGAUGCGUAGAUAAAAUGGACCAAGAUACUACAACAUCGGCGAGUGUCUAUUCUACUUACAAACAAAGAAUAGACUCUAUGUUUGACGAUUCACGGUCACAAUCAUCUUUUUAUGAUAGCAGAGAAGGAAGUUACAAAUACAAGACAUGUCUUUUGAUUUCGGAAAGGCAUUUAAAAAUUUUACCAGAAGAAGAAAACAAAAGAUGUAUAAACAAUGUUCAAGCGAAAAUUGAGAAAAUGUUCACUGAAAUGGCGAAGACACAACGAAGAAAGCAAGAUCGGGAAGAACUGAGAAAUACUGCUGUUCUACAUGAGAACUCUCUGACACAAAACAGUUUUGCAGUAGAGCAUCUAGGUUAUGUGCGAUUACUUAAAAAAGUUUCGUCCCUCCAAGAGCUUCAAGUGCCACUGAAAGACUUGUAUUUCGACUACUGUCGCAAAGUUGAAUCCCGUCAUGGGAACCGGUGGGGCAAAGGAACUUUAGAAAUAUCAAACCAUGGCCUUAAAAUAAAUCACUGUGCCAAAGGCGAUGAUAAAACUGUGCAGCUCAAUCCAUUCAACACAAUAGCUGUUUGGGCAGCAGUAAAAUUCGUUUGUCGCAAGAAGCCGGUAGAUCAGGGAGGGAAAGAAAGUAAAAUGGAAUAUACGUUUUCUCCCCUUAUUGCAGAUCCAGAAGCUGUGGAAAGAGAAUCUAUGUUUCAAGAAUUAUCAGACUCUGAAGAACAAAUGAUUCUUUCUGCACUAAAUGGGAAUGAUUUUAAGAACAAUCCUCUUUACCAUCAGUCACCUAUGUUCAUAGUUGUUAUGAGAAAAAUAGGAGUACCUCGCCAGUUAGAAUGCCAUGGUUUUAUUUGUGCUUGUUCUGAUGAUGCAGUUGUCAUUGCCGCAAAUUUAUAUCAGGUUCUUAAAAUUAAUGUACAGAAUCAACGCUCUGUCAGUAAUGUUAGAAGUUUAAGAUGUAAACCAGAAAAUACAAGCAGGGAAUUAGAAGCACUCCAUAAGAUUAAACUGACUAUUUCAGAUAAACACAAUUCGUUUGUAAAUGGAACUUUGGAUUACAAUACGAAGAAAGUGUGUAAUGAAUCGAUUGAAGAACUUCGAAAUCCAGAAAUGAAAACUAAAAGAAUGGAUUCACAUGUAGAAAACAAAACUAAUAAUUGUCACAAAGUAACACAGACAUCGUCAGAAUUUCCUAUUCGGCCACCACGGCAAAACAAAAAAUUACCAUUACAAAAUGGGCAGAGAAGAAAAAGAGAUUUUGAAUAUUGUAUAUCAUCAGAAAUUUCAAAAAAUGACAAACAGUAUAGUUCUGAAAAACAGUUUAGUUCUGAAAAACCAAAUGAAAAUGUAACUGAAUGCGCGGUUAUUAAAAGUAAAAACAUAACCUUUAAACCUUCUAUGGAUUGCUCUGAUUCAUUUUGGUACAGGGACUUGAGCAAUCAAAAAAUUGCUAGCUCUUAUCAUGGAAGUGAAUGUGGAGAUGUCCUUACUAAAAUUGCUAUUCCACACAGUAGAAGCUUUUUGAAUGCAAACGGGCCAUUCACUAGAUACUUCCGUCAGCAGAACAGUGGAGAGAGUUUCAGCGUCUGUAAUGCAAGUAAGGAAAUAAGUCCCCUAGGUCUGAAUGAACUAUUUACAGAAUUUCGUAUGCAGGAAGGUCUUAAUAGUAUGGAUGAUAUUCUGGAUGCCAUAAUUGAUGCUGAAGGAAUGUCUUUCAAUGAUCUUAAACCACUCUACAAGGAAUUCUUAUUCAAAUUGGCUGUAACCCUGACAAAAGAUGAACUUUACCGAAGAUCGAAGUUCAUAAUGAGGCGUCAAAAAAAGAAGCGUAAAAGAAGGAACAGCUGCUGCAAGAGUAACAAAUUUUCCUCGGGAAGCCAUGGGUUACGAAGAGUUUUCAGACAGUCGUUCUCAAAACUUAGGAAUUCGAAAACAAAACUGACGAAUUUGGAGUUCACUUCGGUGCUUUUUCCUUCCGAAUCACUAGAUAGUUCUCUUAGAGAAUCACACUUAAGCACAACAACUGGAUCGUUCAGCAAGAAAAGUCAGAGAAAUUACUAUCUGGCAAGUAACAUGCUAAAGUCUAACUCAACCGAUAGCGAUUAUUUCCGUAUGGUACCUUCUUCAGAAAGAACCAAUCAAUCGUACAUGAAAUUGACAGAUAAAAUGCACAGCAAUGCUAAAAAUACUACUCGUUUAUCCAGUGGCUACAUGUCUUGUAGUGACUGCAGCUACGACAGUGAAUCAUGCACAUGUUCGUCUGCAGAGAAGUGCUAUUGCUCUCAAAAGCAAGAAAAUGAGUACGAAACGCAAACUUCUUCAGAUAACAAGAUGUCACCCUCAGAGUGCGCUUGUGAUACCGACAGUUGUUUCGAAAACGACAAGUGUUAUUGCUCAGGUUCCAAAAGUCAAAAUGUUACCAGCUCAUACUCAAACGUGAAUAAACCUUCGACAGUAUGUUCGUCAUCAAAAUUUCAAAUGUACGUUUCACACGGAAGUUCGUACAAAAAUCCAGAUUGUGAAAAAUUAUUGCCACCAGUAUCUGCCGGGGUCGAAAAAGUUUGCUUCCCGGACGAAAGUUUCGGUCACAAAAUUGUUGGCGGUGGUGAGUGGAAAAGGUAUGAUAGAAAAAAGACCACGAUGAAAAAACCAAACGAAAAACCUAUAUGUAACACAUGUUUAGAUUAUGGGGCUGAAAAAGAUUCGGCCAGUCCGUGUCCCAAUUUUAGAACCUACUGUUUGUGUGAGAGCGGAAUCACGAAAUUCCAAAAAAGAAUGAAUGUUUAUGAGAGCAUUCAUGAUAGUCGGCAAAAUUUUUUUCUUACAAAGGGACACACGACUGGAUUCAAUGGUGGAUGUGAAAAAUCUGGAGAAAACUAUGAACUAGUUGGAAACAGUGACACACAAACGGAUUGCCUUACCUCCCCCGAACGGAAGAAAGUACUUGUGGUUUCUGCAAGGGAUCAAAUGGGGAGAGUAAUUUAUAUGGGUGCUACAUCACGAAAUGGAAAUUACUUGAGAUCUGGAGACAAGUUCGUAGUGCCAGAAAAGGAUUCCAGCGCAUUUAAAACGUGUGAAAACCUACGAGGCCCGUCUUCUGCUUGCGAAGCUCUGUCAGUGAAGAAGUCGGCUGAGAUAGCUGCCCUGUUUUCUGAUGUCAAAUCGGGCUGGACAACAGACAGAUAUACCGAUUACGUUCCCCCUAAGACUAAGGACAGUAAAGUGUUCUGUAAACCGGAAUUUUCAAGUACUGUUUUCUCUAGCAGAGUAAGUUAUCAUUUGAGUGAUGACCUAGAAAGUUCAUUAGGAUAUUUUCCAUGAACAAAAAAUUAGUUAAAUUCAAUACCAAAAUAAAUGUCACAAAUGACUGAAUUAAUUGUUUUCAGUGUGAACUCGAAUCAGUGAAUCAAACCAAUGCAGACUGAAAACAUUUCUUCAGAAAAUGGUUUCUUUGGAUUUACAUUAUUUUGUGUUAUGUUCCAAAGUAAUGUCGCCAAAGAAAAAUGAAAAUCUAUAUGUAUUACUUUUAAUACUGCUACAAGUAUAGAAAUUUAUAUUGAUUUAAAAACAAUUUCCUAAAAUUAUAGUGAUGAGUUGUAAAAGUGGUUUAAGAACCUGAUUAUUAAAAUUAAUUAUUCAUUUUUGCCUUGCAAAUAUCGAUAGUUACACAAUUGCCUUUAUAAAAAAAAUGUUUUUAACAUCUGCUAAUCUAUAUGUGUAUGCUUCUAAAUACUUAAGAUAAAUAUUUAUGUACCUUUUAUAUAAAAACUAUAACAUAGAAAAAAAUUUCCAUGCUCAGCUAAUGCUGAAAAUAUGUUUUGUUACAAAAAUUUAAUAAAUUUAAAAGUAA